AAGGGAGGUGGCGGUGGCUACGACGGUGGUUCCGACCCUAGCUACGGCGGUGGUAAGGGAGGCAACGGUGGCUACGAUGGUGGCUAUGAUCCCAGCUACGGCGGCGGCAAGGGUGGUGAUGGUGGCUACGAUGGCGGCUAUGAUCCCAGCUACAGCGGCGGCAAGGGUAGCAACGGUGGUUACGGCUCUGACCCUACUCCUUCAUUCGGUGGCAACGAUCCUACCUUCGUUGGUGGCGACAAUGGAUACGACGGUGGUAACGGCUACGGUGACGAUGGCGACUACAACGACCCCGACUGGUAUGAUGUUGGCGCCCUACCUCAGCCUACCGUCUUCUGAGCUGCGUGCCGUAACGAAACUGCAUUGCUUGGUGUUCAUGGGCAGCUUGUUCCAAGUUUUUGGGAUUCCUUAGUCUGGACUUCGGGGUGAUGAGCGAGAUCGUUGUACGAGUGGGGUGAGCUUUUUCUAGAGAGGCACAGGGUUAAUCUCUUAUUACCGAAUUCCUGUAGCAAAUUUUCCCUUAGACUACAUAAUCAAUGGUCUAAAUCCAUUCUUUCCUCCCAAAGCAACAAUUGGC